AUGACCCCAACCACCCCCCCCCUCUUCCCAACCUUCAAAACCCUCUCCAUCCCCAUCAACUCCACCAUCUCAAUCCACACCCUUGUGGGACCACAUAAUGGUCCUCCUCUCCUUCUGAUUCAUGGCUUUCCGCAAUCCCAUCAUAUUUGGCAUUUAGUGGCUCCCCGGUUGCUGGGUGAGUUUUCCCUGGUUUUGGUCGAUUUGAGGGGGUAUGGAGGGAGUGUUACGGAGGGGUUUGAUGGAGGUGGUGAGGAUGGUGGGGAGGGGGAGCACGGAGGGCUUAGUAAGAGUGUUAUGGGCUCCGAUCUCCUAACCGUCAUGACCUCCCUAGGUCACCCACACUUCUCCAUCCUAGCCCACGACCGCGGCGCCCGCGUAGCCCACCAACUAGCCAUCAACCACCCUGAAGCCAUCCAAAAACUCAUGUUACUCGAUAUCCUCCCCACACUAACCAUGUACGAACGAGGAAAAUACACCUGGUAUCAGAAAUACUGGCAUUGGCCCUUCCUCUCUCAACCCUUUCCCUUUCCCGAAAAAGCUAUUCUUUCAAACCCGGCACUUUUUGCUGAGAAAUUUUUGGGGAAAGCGGGUAUGGGGAAGGGAUUCAUUUUUAAUGAGGAGGUGAGGGCGGUUUAUGAGGGAAUGUUGAGAGAUAAAUAUUGUGUGCAUGCGAUGUGUGAGGAUUAUAGGGCUGGGGCGACGGUGGAUCUUGAGGAGCAGAGGAGGGAUAGGGAGGCGGGGAGGAAGAUUCGUUGUGAUGUUUUUGUGGUUUGGGGGGGGAAGGGGGCAAUAGAGAGUGAGUUUGGGGAUGUGCUGGGGUUGUGGAGGGAUGUUUGUGAGGGGAGGGUUGAGGGGUGUGCUGUUGAUGGGGGACAUUAUGUUCCGGAGGAAUGUUCGGAGGAGUUGGUGGAGUUGGUGAGGAAGUGGUUUUAG